AUGUCCUCGCCUAAAUUUUCAUUCUCGGACGCUGGUGUAAUACCGGGACGGACCCCGGAAGUCCUUGACCAGAGUACCUCGAGCGUGUUCCAGAAAUUGAUUAGAAAAUACAACGACGAAACUGCCGCCUUCCUCGCCUCACACAUUGGCUUUGAAGACGAUGAUCUCGACUGGGAAGGCGUGAGGCCGUCAGGUCAAGGCAACUUCGGAGCGGUGGGACUGUGGGUCGGCAAAGACAAGAAUGGAAGCAAUGUAAAGGUCAGCACGACGAAGGGCACCAUCACUUCAUCUGCUCAAGGCUCCAGGAAAUCGCUGUCAAACAGUGCAAUUGGACCGGAGCGGCGAAGCGGAACCCAGAGGCACGGAUACCUCCAGAAGCCUUGA